UGGGGUCUACCAGAUCCGGGGGAAGGGGAGCCCCGCUGCCUCCCCCUCCCCCCGGAGCAAGCUCCGGUCCCCGGGAGACGUGUCUCCCUUGCAAGUUUCACUUGCGUCCUGCGGAGUCCAAGUGGGCAGGACUGAGGCAAACUUCGCUCUUUUAAAUUAUUGCCUUCGUGCCGCAGAACUUUGUUUCGACUAGGCUAGAGGAGGAUGGGGUGAAUGAGGGAUCUGGAGAGCCUGGAAAUCUGUGCGCUUUUGCAAAGUUUGCAAAGUAGUUUAGAGCUAACAGCCGUGUGAUGGUGCGGCAUAUCUAAUGCGUGAGAAUGGUUGCUCGCAGGUAUUUUAAUGCCAGGAAAUUCGAGCAGUCUGUGAAUCCACAUUUCUAUAAAUUGAAAGACAUUUCUAUAAAUGGGGUGUAAAGCUCUUCCCGCCCCCCCCUUCCCCGCAUUUUAAUCCACUGUUGCUUUUUAGUCAGACGUUAACAGGAGUGAAAUGAGUCCCUUAUGGGACUGAGAAGGAUGUUUGAAUUGGGGCAAUAUCCAGUCAUGGGAAAUAAUGUGACACAAAUGGGGGGGGAAGUGGGGACACGAUCUUAAAUAUUUUGCUUGCUGGAAGAAAGCGAUUUUAAUCCUAUGUUAAUCCAUUUAUAAAGGGAAUUAAGUCUCUUGGAUACAUACUUAAUAUUUUGUAGUCAGAAAAGUUGAACAGAACUUUAAAGAUCAUUGUGGACAAUCCCCUCAUAUGUUGAAUCUCUGGGAAGUUCUAUUAGAGGGAAGUCAGGGUACUUUUUUCUCCUGUGAAGUCAUUUUAAUAAGAAUUAAGCUAGCUAGUAUCAAAUGAACAGUGGUGUAUUUGCUUUUCUCACUCUGUCAGACCCUAAAAUUAAAAAUACUUCUGGGUUUGCCGUUUUUGAUAAUAAAGUUUGUAAACAUAGUUUAUAUUUUUACUUAAAAUGAAUAUUGACCCUAUGUUGCAUUCUACAUAGACAAUUGAAAUAUGUCAACAUAUAAAAGAAAAAAAUUAUGCUAAUAAAGGUAUGAUUUAAUUUUUAAAAGAAAACAGGUAUCCUGGGUUAACAGAAAUUCCUUUGCUGAUUAUAUAGAGAAUUAGUGAGUCAUCACAAAGGUAUUUGAAGAAGCAUCUUUUGCCAGACAUUAAGAACUCGGGCCCUGAGUCUUGGUGUUUGUGUCUACUUACUGUUUUGAGCUAGCCUGUCAGACUCCCUGGUGUACUUGUUUCUGAAAAGGAUAGCCCAUUCAUUGCCAGUUUUAUCAGUGUUUUGACGUGAAGUGUCUCCUAGUGAGGACAACUGCCACUGGCUAAACAAGCCAGUAUGUGGAAGUGUCAGUUUUGCCACCAUCUGGUAAUGGACUGGUCAUCCUUAUCGUUUUUGGAGAACCAAGACAACUUCCUGGCAGGGUGAAUUCAAUCUGGGCCUCCAGUGCCAAGCAGAGGUUGUAGUGGUGAGUCUGGGCCACCAUGCGCACAUCUAUCUCGAGUUCCUGUUAUGUUUUGUAAUCUGAAGGUGGUUGGAAAAGAGGCCAGUAAAUUAAAGUUAGUGGAAAACUGAAAACAGAAUUACUUCGGUUGAAAUGUGCUAGGCAUGUUAAGGGGGUCUGAAGCUGGCAGAAGACUUUGCUACAAUAUUAGAAGUUUGGAAAUUGCUACUUCAGUUAGAAAGAAAGAGGACAUGUAUUCUUCUGAGAAGCCUUGGGCAGCAGAUUUUGGUUUACUCUCCGAUUGGGACAGCCUACAGAGACAUUUCCAGUCAUGAUUUUGGUAUCUGGGUAAUGGUUGUCUCAGAAAAUGAGUGUAGAAGGAAGUAUUCCCUCCUCUUCAGCUUUUUGGAAGAGUUUGAGAAGGAUUCGGACCAGGAUGUAGCCCUCAAACUUGCUCAGGAGCGAGCUGAAAUAGUUGCUAAAUAUGACAGAGGACGAGAAGGUGCCGAGAUUGAACCUUGGGAGGAUGCUGAUUACCUUGUUUACAAAGUCACAGAUAGAUUUGGCUUUUUACAUGAGGAGGAGCUCCCGUAUCAUAAUGCAGCUAUGGAACGGCAAAAGCAGCUGGAAAUUGAAAGAACUACUAAGUGGUUGAAAAUGCUAAAGGGAUGGGAAAAAUACAAGAACACUGAAAAGUUUCAUAGGAGAAUUUACAAAGGAAUCCCACUCCAGCUCAGAGGUGAAGUCUGGGCUCUGCUUCUGGAGAUCCCUAAAAUGAAAGAAGAGACAAGAGACCUCUAUAGUAAAUUAAAACACAGAGCACGGGGUUGUUCACCUGACAUCAGACAAAUUGACCUUGAUGUCAACCGCACAUUUAGGGACCAUAUUAUGUUUAGAGACAGAUAUGGUGUUAAGCAACAAUCCCUAUUCCAUGUUCUUGCUGCAUAUUCUAUUUAUAACACGGAAGUUGGAUACUGUCAGGGGAUGAGCCAGAUCACAGCUUUGCUCCUUAUGUAUAUGAAUGAAGAAGAUGCCUUCUGGGCCCUGGUCAAACUAUUCUCAGGCCCCAAACAUGCCAUGCAUGGCUUUUUUGUUCACGGUUUUCCUAAACUCUUGAGGUUUCAAGAACAUCAUGAAAAAAUACUGAAUAAGUUUCUAUCCAAGCUUAAGCAACACUUGGAUUCUCAAGAAAUCUACACAAGUUUUUACACAAUGAAAUGGUUUUUUCAGUGUUUCCUUGAUCGUACUCCCUUUACACUAAACCUCAGAAUAUGGGAUAUCUACAUCUUUGAAGGAGAACGAGUUCUUACCGCUAUGUCUUACACAAUCUUAAAAUUACACAAAAAACAUCUAAUGAAAUUAUCUAUGGAAGAACUUGUAGAAUUUCUUCAGGAGACCCUGGCAAAGGAUUUUUUCUUCGAAGAUGACUUUGUAAUAGAACAACUUCAGAUUUCUAUGGUAGAACUAAAGCGUGCAAAAUUAGACCUUCCAGAACCUGGUAAAGAGGAUGAAUAUCCAAAGAAACCUUUGGGACAGCUUCCACCUGAAUCUGCUUGCAUUAGUCACCUGAGCAAUGGACAAAGUGUGGGCAGGUCGAGUCCCCAUAUGAGCAGCAGAAGAGAGAGUGGCUCAUCACCUCACAAAAAACAUGAGCAUUCCCCUCACCAUCAGAGUAGAAUUGGUACACCAGAACGUGUCAGGGCCCCAAGACGGAAAUCAGACGAUGAAGACAGUAAAAAGCUUAAAGAUGAAGCAGAUCUUCAAAGAAAACUUCCAUCAGGUCCACAAGACAGUUCCAGGCAAUAUAAUCAUGCAGCUGCUAACCAAAAUAGCAAUGCCACUUCAAAUACCAGGAAGGAGUUUGUGCCCAAAUGGAAUAAACCAUCAGAUACUUCGGCUAUUGAAAAAACUGCCAAAUAUGCCAUCGAAGGCAAAAGUAGGUCUGCACACCCCACACUUACAGUCACCAUCCCAAGUUCUGCUGAUACUCGGGUGUCAAACGUAAGGCAGAAGAUGAAGGUUUUGGAUGCCGAUGAAGGGAAACGGGGCUCUAAUGCGUCCCAGUAUGAUAACGUCCCUGAAAAUGACAACAGCGCUUCUAUUGAAGAGGCCCUAGAAAGAGCCUACUCCCAAAGUCCGAGGAACGUGGUUUACUCUCACAGCCCCAGGAAGCAUGUGGAGCCAAAUUCUAGUCCAUCGAGAGUAUCAAACAAGUUUACUUUUAAAGUGCAGCCUACAGGUUAUGCAAAAUACCCAUCUCCGUUAGAUGGGGAAGAUCGCAGGACAGUGUGCCCUCCAUCCUACAGUAACCCCCCUGUUUACCAUGGAAAUUCUCCCAAACACGUCCCUGGUGUUAACAGCAGCUUUGCAUCUCCACAGUUUACCCAUGGGACUCAGGUGAAUCCCCCCCGGAGACCUUAUGGUUCUUCUCUUUCAGUCGAUAUCUCUCCAGAGAAAUCUUACAGCCGCCCCCUCCCUAUUGUGCUGCCCUCUAGCCGCAUAGAAGUUCUUCCUGUUGACACUGGUGCCGGGGGGUAUUCAGGCAAUUCGGGGUCACCAAAGAAUGGACAGUUCAUCAUUCCUCCAGUGGAUUAUCUGCCAGAUAACAGAAAGUGGUCGGAAGUCAGUUACACAUACAGAGCCAAGACUCACGGACAGCUGUGGACUCAGGAUGCUAAUCGUGGCCACUUGAGCAAUUUACCAAAAUAUUCCGCCUUUCAGCAUGUUCCCUUUCAGGACCAUAGCCUCCCGGUAGUUUCAGUAGAUAGUCCAGUGCGAUACAGAACUUCCCCCGGUUUAGAAGAUGCCAGUUCCUCUGGGUAUCAAUAUUCAGGGCCCUCGCCGCCAGUGUAUCACUACAGAAAUCGGGAUGGACUUUCUAUUCAAGAAUCAGUAUUGCUGUGAGAAUUUAUAUAUACUUGGUAAAGACAAGAGAAUAGAAACCAUUUGGAACCUACAUUGCUAUGUUUAUAAUUGCCAAAGCAGUAUUUUAUACUAUUAUAAACAUCCUGCGCAAUUCCAGUGUAUGCUAGUGAUAAGAAUAUACAGGAGCGUUCAUCCCCGGUAGAUGCUGCUGACGGUGAGCAUUUUUAAAUUGCAGCAUCACCGAGCCUGUUCAGAAGAAUUUAACACGGAAACAUAGCAGUAGCAUUUAGGGACGCACGCAUAAUGAUAAUUCAGACUCAGUGCCAUUUAUAUCUUUCUUCAAAACCUGAGUUUUGCGCCAUUAGCCCAUCCUAUUUUGAGUAACGUUACAAAGCACUGAAAAACUGUGUAGAGUAGAUAUUUUUAAGGCUAUAUGUAGUGCGUGUGUGUCUUUCAGUAGAUACCAAAAGGCUUCCAUGCACACACGUUUGAACACAGAACUAAAGAAAUGUUUUAAAAAAUUAAUUUCAGUCUACAUCCAUGGAAUAAUUUACUAUUCUUCCCUUCCUUAACUUGUCUUUCAUCCAAGUCCCCCCCCUUAUGUUUUCACCCGGGUCCUAGAGUGCCGUUGGGGUUUGCCCUGACCUCCUUCAGCUUCCUGCAGUUGUGGCCAUUUUCUUUCCUUCUGAAAAUUAAAGAUGCUGGAAAGAAAGGCUCACCACUUAAUGGUGCUUAAACCCAGGGCACUUGGAGUAAGUUUAUGGCCAAAGGCGGGGCGCUGCUCGUCAUCCACGCUCAGUUUGAGAGCAGUUUUAGUGCGUUUGUGCCCUUUGUUCUGGUCUGAGCCUUGUAAAGCUCAGAGCAGAACAUUCCUUGCCAGAUGCAGAGGCAGUGCUGCCGUCCCGGAUGCCAGCAGGAGAGGCUGCACGUUGCUGUCUUCAAGCACUCACACAGGGCAGCCGAACAGACUCCUUGGAAAUCCAGUUGAAAGCAGGAUUAACAAUAUGGUUACUUCUUGCUUCUGCCCCUUAAAUUCCUGCAGGACCCGGGCUGUUCAUUUACAUGAGCUUUUUCAGGCAGUCUUUGUUUCAAGGUGGUAAUCAGUGGAUGUUACUGCACUUAGGCCAUUAAAUUUGUGUAAACUUGUUAAAAAAAAAAA